AUGUUUCUGUUUCCAGCGGCAUUGACGUUAAGCAAAAGUGUUCAUCUGCGAAUUUUUGACGCUCGUAAACACUCAGGCAAACAACAACAGCUUUUGCUCCUAGAGUCGCUAUUUGUACAGUUUCUAAAAAAGAGCUCACGGGCUGGAGCUGAUUAA